AGAUGCUCUAAUUCCUUGACUAAUAUCCGCGUAGGUAGACUGGUCACAUCUCUGUUUCAGCUAAACCCUAACUAUGGAUCUCCUUCAAUCCUACAAAGACACCGACAUGGAUGACGACGUUGCUUCGCCUCAUCCACCCCCUACGUCCGAUCCUUCGCCCGAUUCUUCCCCAAUCCGGAUCUCCCUCCCCGCCAAAUCCGCUGCCCCGGCAGUCGACGAUACCAUGCUCUCCCUCACCGCCGCCGGCAAGGCCCAGUCGGAGGCCCACAAGCCAAUUGACCCUACCCAGCGCCUCGUUUCAUUCAAUCCGACCUACGACCAGCUAUGGACACCCAUCGUGGGCCCCUCUCAUCCUUACUCCAAGGACGGCCUCGCCCAAGGCCUCCGCAACCACAAGCUAGGGUUCGUAGAGAAUGCCAACAUAGGGUCCUUCGUGUUCGACGAGCAGUACAAUACGUUUUACAAAUUCGGGUACGCAGCUGAUCCGUCCGAGAAUAACUGUGUCGGUGAUGUUGAAGGGUUUGAGAAAAACGAUGGGCUUUCCGUGUACAACAUUCCGCAGCACGAGCAGAAGAAAAGGAAACUGGAGAAAAAGAAGGAGAUGCUGGAGGAAAGCGAGGGAGAUGGUCAGGUGGAUACAGUCGAGUUGGAGAAUCCUUCAACCGACACGUGGCUGAUGAAGAACAGGAAGAGCCCCUGGGCCGGGAAGAAGGAAUGGGUGCAAGGUGAGUUGACUGAGGAGCAAAAGAAGUAUGCGGAGGAGCAUGCCAAGAAGAAGGGUGAGAAGGAAGAAGGCGAGCGGGGGAAAGGGGAAGCUCAUGUUGACAAGACCACAUUUCACGGGAAAGAGGAGAAGGAUUAUCAAGGGAGGUCGUGGAUCACUCCGCCUAAGGAUGCUAAGGCAAAUAACGAUCAUUGUUACAUACCUAAGAGAUUGGUGCACACAUGGAGUGGGCACACGAAAGGGGUUUCAGCUAUUAGGUUCUUCCCCAAGCACGGCCAUUUGAUACUGUCUGCCGGGAUGGAUACGAAGGUGAAGAUCUGGGACGUGUACAAUUCUGGCAAGUGUAUGAGAACUUACAUGGGGCACGCGAAGGCUGUGCGUGAUAUAUGUUUUAGUAAUGAUGGGACAAAGUUUUUGAGUGCUGGAUAUGAUAAGAACAUUAAGUAUUGGGAUACAGAGACGGGGCAAGUGAUAUCAACUUUCUCGACCGGAAAGAUUCCUUAUGUAGUGAGACUUAAUCCGGAUGAGGAUAAACAGAAUGUCCUACUAGCAGGAAUGAGUGAUAAGAAGAUUGUGCAGUGGGAUAUAAACACAGGGCAGAUUGUGCAGGAGUAUGAUCAGCAUUUAGGGGCGGUUAAUACGAUUAUUUUUGUGGAUAACAACAGGAGGUUUGUUACUUCAAGUGAUGAUAAGUCACUGCGGGUGUGGGAGUUUGGGAUUCCGGUGGUUAUAAAAUAUAUUAGUGAACCCCAUAUGCAUUCGAUGCCCGCAAUCUCUUUGCACCCAAAUUCAAAUUGGCUUGCUUGUCAAAGUUUGGAUAACCAGAUACUUAUUUACAGUACUAGAGAGAGAUUCCAACUUAACAAGAAGAAGAGGUUUGCUGGCCAUAUUGUAGCUGGCUAUGCUUGCCAGGUUAACUUUUCCCCCGAUGGACGGUUUGUAAUGUCAGGGGAUGGUGAGGGAAGAUGUUGGUUUUGGGAUUGGAAGAGUUGCAAAGUCUUUAGGACUCUCAAGUGUCAUGAGGGAGUUUGUAUUGGCUGUGAAUGGCAUCCACUGGAACAGAGUAAAGUCGCCACUUGUGGCUGGGAUGGCUUGAUCAAGUAUUGGGACUAAAUUGCGGGGAAAUAUUGAGCUUGGCACAUCUACCCAUUGAUAAUCUUAUCCCAAAAACAGCCAAAUUUGAAGUGCUACCCUCAGAUUAGAAGAUGAUACAAUCUUGUAUCUCUGAGUCUGUGUGGACUGUGGAGUUUGAAGAGAAGUUCAGGAAGAAGGUCGAAUCCAAUGUACUGUUUUGUAGUUUGGCAUUGAAUUAAUAUUCCGUUUUGCAUCAAAAGUAUAGGAACAGCUUUGUAACCUUUGACGUCUUGUUGUAAUCUUUGAAAUAGAUUUGAUGUUUUUAUCGGCCUGCCAUAAAUCAAAAUCAUCAAUAACAUUUAUAAAAGUUGUAGAAAUCAAUCAGCAAAGUAUAAGGAAACUUCUUGCCAAUUGAAUAACCAUAAAUUUUAAUUUU